UAGCCGCAAAAACCGAAGGACGAUUCGAUUUUCCUUCCUGUCAGUCACGAUGUAAGUAUCUUCCAGGACGGGACACGAAACUCUGGAACACGUUCAAUGUUCCACAGAAAGUGAUUGAUAGUUUGUGCUUGUGGGUUCACAACAACCAAAACGCGGUCUUCAGUAAUGGAGCUGUUGUGCUAUUAAAACAGUGAAGUGGUUUGAACUAAAAAAAAACACGACUAUAACAUAGCAAGCAUUGCACCAAAAAGGGGGCAUAACUUACUCCCAUAGCAACUUCAAGGCACACUGCGCCAUUUGUAGUGUUGUGUUGGAAAAAUCCUUUGUUCUCUCGUAGAACGUGAUUACAUCCUCCCACAGCCAGGAUAUUGUUCUAUUUUCCACCGUAGAAGUGAAGAUAAUAAGCGCAAAAUAAAAUGUACGUCAUUAAUCGAGUUAUCGAAGCCAUCAACAUGCCACUGUCGCCGAAGUAUCUUCGCGUCACGGCCAUCCUCAUUGCAAUCUAUAAAGUGCUUACGGCACACGUUUUCCUGUUUGUGAUGCUGCUCGGACUGGCACAUGCCGAGGAGAUGAGCACCAUCCUGCAGAUGAGCAUCGCGGAACAGAAGUGUGAGUUUUUCUCGAUGACGGACGAACAGGGGGAGAUGGUCAACGAGUGGCGCUUCCGAUCCGCAGAAAAGCUCGCUUCCGCAACUCUUUGCAUACUGUACAUUGGGACAACGGUGGCCACUAUCUACGUGCUAAGCUGCCUGGGACUGCUGAUCGGUACGCUACGUAAUCGGCACGAAUUCUUCAUCCCCUGGAUGGUGGUUGACUUCUUCGGUACGCUGGCAAUCGGUUCAGUGGUAUUGGCUUGCGGUUGUAACGAUUCAACCUUCAAAUACGUUGCCAAGUGGGAAUACUGGGGUUUCUGCAUGAUUAUGAUCAUAUUCAACGUGACCGUUUGGGGUGUGAUUCGUUUGUUUUACAAAAAUCUUGUCCACAUGACGAAACUGCGCGAGGUAGCGAUUGUAGCGAUUCCGUGCCCUGCUGCACCGGCAUCCACCGGCACCGAUACGGCCAACUGUCCCUCCAGCAAAGGCAAGAACGGAUUACCGGUGGCCCCACCGUAUCACUAUCGCAAGGAAAACAUGCAUCUCAGCGAUGGUGGACUGAAGCACAUUCUCUUCGAUGCCAACGAAGCCAACUAUUUGGUUUAAAGCGCUGAUGGCAAGGGGAGAAUGGUUUGGCAGAUUUGGGCCUCGUUGGCCCCCCGUUAGAAAGGCGGAACGCUCUAUUGCUUACAGCGAAAGAAAGAAAAAAAAACAUGUCUGGAGUUCCCCCCAAAUGAAUGAUUCCAUCAUCAUCCAACUAUUUUAGUGUUACCGCCUGGACGUCCAUUGAUCUGGCCCUUAGUGUGGAUCAUGCUUCCUCGUUGACUCUUUCCAUUUUGUGCUUGUCGUGUAGUGUUUGAAUGUACUCCACUCCGCAGGUGGAGCUUACGUGUUUUUUGGAAGGCUACGAGCCCGGCUGGAAUGGAGACUAAAACAUACUAUUUGCAUUGGAUAUUGGUAAGCUAAACGCGAUUGAUAACAAAGCAGAAACAAGCUCUGCACGUCACGUGACGUACAGAGCACAUAGCAUUUGUUGUUUGGAAUAUGUAGUAGAAAAUAAAAUACUGAUAACUGUAUGGAUAA